GUGAGCAUCUGUGUGUUGUGUCUGUGUGUGAGCAUCUGAGCAUGUGUGUCUGUGUGUAAGCAGUUCUGGUUUCGGUCAGAGUCUGCCAGUAUAAGGAAGUGAAGUAAGCUGGGAGGAUGUUCGUUGAUAUCCAGUGUCUUGUGUGUGUGUGUGUGUGUGUGUGUGUUUGAGUCUCUGUGUAGCUAAGUGAACUAGAGGCACUUUGAAAUGGCGUUAUCUUAAGUGCAUCUGCCACUGACACCAUUUUCCAUUCAUAUUCUGGAGAACGAAAGGAGCAAGCAUCCACAGCUGCAGAAAAAUGGGGAGCAAGUACCACUGGCAGAGCCAGAAUGUCAAACAGAGUGGUGUUGAUGACAUGGUGCUCCUGUCCAAGAUCACGGAGGACGCCAUCACGGAAAACCUCAAGAAGAGAUUCAUGGAUGACUACAUUUUUACAUACAUUGGCUCUGUACUGAUAUCAGUGAACCCCUUCAAGCAGAUGCCUUACUUCACGGAUAGGGAGGUUGAACUGUACCAGGGAGCCGCCCAGUAUGAAAACCCUCCACACAUCUACGCUCUUUCUGACAACAUGUACAGGAACAUGAUGAUCGACAGCGAGAACCAGUGUGUCAUCAUCAGUGGGGAAAGUGGAGCUGGAAAGACAGUUGCUGCAAAAUAUAUUAUGGGAUACAUCUCUAAGGUGUCCGGAGGUGGAUCGAAAGUGCAGCACGUGAAAGACAUCAUUCUGCAGUCCAACCCACUUUUGGAGGCCUUUGGGAACGCGAAGACGGUCCGAAACAACAACUCCAGUCGCUUUGGUAAAUACUUUGAGAUCCAGUUCAGCCGAGGAGGAGAGCCUGACGGGGGGAAAAUCUCCAACUUCCUCUUGGAGAAAUCCAGAGUGGUGAGCCAGAAUGAGGGUGAAAGGAACUUUCACAUCUUCUACCAGAUGCUGGAGGGAGCGUCGCCCCAGCAGAAGGAGGCUCUGGGCAUCAUGACUCCGGAUUACUAUAGCUACCUGAACCAGUCUGGCACAUACAAAGUGGAUGGCACUAACGACUGCAAGGACUUUCAGGAGACCAUGGAGGCCAUGCAGGUGAUUGGCAUCCCUGAGGAUUACCAGAUGCAGGUGCUGCAGAUUGGGGCCGGCAUUCUGCACCUGGGAAACAUCACCUUCAUUGAGAAGGGAAAUUACGCCCAGGUGGAGAGCACAGACUUGUUAGAGUUCCCAGCCUACCUCCUGGGCAUCGACUCCGGCCGCCUGCAGGAGAAACUGACCGGCCGCAAGAUGGACUCUAAGUGGGGUGGCAAGUCGGAGUCCAUCAACGUGACCUUGAACCAGGAGCAGGCCAACUACACCAGGGACGCGCUGGCCAAAGCCCUCUACACGCGCGUCUUCGACUACCUGGUGGAGGCCAUAAACAAGGCCAUACAGAAGCCCUAUGAAGAGUUCAGCAUCGGAGUGCUUGACAUAUACGGCUUUGAGAUAUUUCAGAAAAAUGGCUUUGAGCAGUUCUGCAUCAAUUUUGUGAACGAGAAGCUUCAGCAGAUCUUCAUCGAGCUCACACUAAAAGCAGAGCAGGAGGAGUAUGUUCAGGAGGGAAUCAAGUGGACUGCCAUUGAAUACUUCAACAAUAAGGUGGUGUGCGAGCUCAUCGAGACCAAGAACCCUCCGGGCAUCAUGUGCGUUCUGGACGAUGUGUGCGCCACCAUGCACGCCAAAGGGGAGGGGGCGGACGGAACCCUGCUGCAGAAGCUAUCUGCUGCCCUGGGAUCGCACGACCAUUUCAACAACUGGAACUCUGGCUUUGUCAUCCACCAUUACGCCGGCAAGGUGUCCUAUGACAUAAUGGGCUUCUGUGAGAGGAACCGUGACGUGCUCUUCCCUGACCUCAUUGAACUCAUGCAGAGCAGUGGACAAGGGUUUAUCUGCAGCAUCUUCCCAGAGAACCUCAAUACAGAAAAAAAAGGACGACCGUCUACGGCUGGCACUAAAAUUAAGAAACAGGCCAAUGACCUGGUGAGCACGCUCAUGAAGUGCACCCCUCACUAUAUCCGCUGCAUCAAGCCCAACGAGACCAAGAGGCCCAAGGACUGGGAGGACAGCCGGGCCAAACACCAGGUGGAGUAUCUGGGCUUACGAGAGAACAUCAGGGUGAGGCGAGCAGGGUUUGCCUUUCGCAGAGUCUUCAACAAGUUCCUACAGAGGUAUGCCAUCCUGACAGCGGAGACGUGGCCGGGCUGGCGAGGGCGAGAGGAAGACGGGGUGCUGCAUCUACUGCGCUCUGUCAACAUGGACACCGACCAGUACCAGAUGGGCCGCACCAAAGUGUUCGUCAAGAACCCAGAGUCGCUGUUCCUGCUUGAGGAGAUGCGAGAGAGGAAGUUUGACACGUUCGCCCGCCUGAUCCAGAAGGCCUGGAGGAAAUACAUCGCCAGGAGGAAGUAUGAACAGAUGAGAGAGGAAGCCUCAGAUAUUUUGUACAACUCUAAAGAGCGUCGCAGGAACAGCAUUAAUCGUAACUUCGUGGGAGACUAUCUGGGCAUGGAGGAACGCCCUGAGCUGCGGCAGUUCCUGACGAAGAGAGAGCGAGUGGACUUCGCAGACUCCGUCAACAAGUUUGAUCGCCGCUUCAAGAUGAUCAAGCGGGACUUGAUCCUGACUCCGAAGGGGAUUUACCUCAUUGGUCGAGAGAAAGUGAAGAAGGGGCCAGAGAAGGGCCUGAUCAAGGAGGUCCUGAAGCGCAAGCUGGAGAUGGGCAACAUCAGGGCCAUCUCGCUAAGCACGAAGCAGGAUGACUUCUUCAUCAUUCAUGAGUCAGACUACGACAGCCUGCUGGAGUCCAACUUUAAGACCGAGUUCCUCAGUCUGCUCUGCAAGCGCUAUGAGGAGACCACCAAGAGCAAACUGUCCCUUUCCUUCAGCGACAGGCUUGACUUUAAGGUUAAGAAGGAGGGGUGGGGGGGUGGGGGCACGCGGACGCUGGUCUUCCAGCGUGGGCAGGGUGACCUGUCACAAACAAAACCAGGUGGGAAAACCCUUACGAUCACCAUCGGGGAGGGACUACCCAAGACAUCAAAGCCCUCCAGAAAAGGUGUUAGCCACGGCCAGGGCCAGAGACAACCGCCCGCCAGAGGACACCAGAAUGGCGCGGCCCAGUUCUCCCGCGGCCACGCCCCCGCCCCCGCCACCCCCAGGGAGCAGAUGUACUGCGCCCCCCAGAAGCAGAAGCAGCAGCAGCGCCCGCCCACCAGCGCCCUCCCCAAGGUGGGCUCCCAGAAGGCCAAGCGAGGACCCGCGCAGCCCCGGCAGAGCAACUUGGACUUCCUCAACGUACCCGACCAAGGGGUGUCUGGCAGGAAGAAGAGCAUCAGCCAAACACGCGCCCCCCCUGCCCCCGCCAGCCGCCCCAGACCUCACGCCCCCCCUCCGGGCCCCCGAUGCCGAGCGCUCUACCAGUACGCGGGCCAGGACACCGACGAGCUCAGCUUCAACACCGGGGACAUCAUCGAACUCGUCAAUGAAGAUCCAUCAGGAUGGUGGCGAGGGCGUUUCCAUGGCAAAGAAGGCCUCUUCCCUGGAAACUACGUGGAGAAAUUCUGAAGACCAUCUCAGUGCCCUGUGCCUCCAACCAACAGCACUUUACAGUUUGCUUACGGGUGCCACUUCCUGCAUCUCUCCUUCCUGUCCCUGCGAGGAGAGAAGAACCUUCCGGUCUCCUGUAGAUCAUGAUGGGCUUACAGAGGGCACUUCUGAACCUGGACAAAAGAACCCGAAAUCAGUCAAAACAUUUCAUAUACAGAAACCCAGUCAGUGGAAUGAAGAACACAUCCAAUUAGGAACGGAUCUGUUUGGGGGAUUUUUUUUUUCCUUUUCACAUGUUUUUAACUCGUUAUUAAACAGAAAUAUCUCACUGACCAGAGACAACCACAAGGGGGCAGUGUUGGAAUGUGAACUUUUUGUAACUUUUUCUUUUCAACAAGUACAUGACAAUUAACACCUCUCUGACUAAUUUACAGCUUAACCAGUUAAAUGUGUGCUAAUUUCUGCUUGUGUAGUGUAUAUUCCAUGUCUUUUGAAUUGUGUGAUACAGAAUUAAUCACUGAAAAUAUUUACAAUAUUCUCUACCAUCAUUUGAAAUUAGAAUAUGAGAAAUUUGAGAAAGUAUCCCUGGUUUAAACCACGAUGUGAAGCCAAGUCAGAGUGAUGCCUGUAAAAUCAGUCCUUCAUCUGUUCCAAACUACACAAUAAACCCCAUACACAUGCACACUGCCAAUGAGGCAGGUCCCUAACAUGCA